AUGGAUUUCGAGAGUAGGAGGCUUCAUUUGCUCAUCUCUGUGGUUGCCAUCAUUGCUCUCAGCUUUACAGCUGAAAAAUGCAGGGAACUUGUUGGACAAGAUGGGUCAUCCCAGAGUGGAAAGUUUACGAUCUUAAAUUGCUUUGAUAUGGGUUCUGGGACUGUAGCAUGUGCUGUGAAGGAAGGCGUGAAACUCUAUUUUUACAAUAUUAGAUCUUCUCAUGUUGAAAGAGCAAGGACUCGUGCAAUUGAGUCUGCCCUUGUUGAAGCUGUUUCUCAGGGGAUGUCCCCAGCAGAUUCAGCAAAACAUGCACAGAAGAUAGGUAAGAAGGCAGCGAAAUUGGCUUCCCGUCAAGCCAAGCGGAUUAUAGGGCCCAUUAUCUCUUCUGGAUGGGAUUUUUUUGAAGCUAUUUACUAUGGUGGUACUGUCACAGAAGGGUUCCUUAGGGGCACUGGUACUUUGUUUGGUACUUAUUGUGGAGGGUUCCUCGGUGAGCAAAGGCUUGGUAGACUUGGCUAUCUUGUUGGAAGUCACAUGGGCAGUUGGGUUGGUGGUAGAAUAGGAUUAAUGGUGUAUGAUGUGGUUAAUGGAGUGCAUUUGUUGUUGCAAUUUAUUCAGACCGGAGAAAUUGUAGUUCCUGAAAAAUCUGAACCACCUGAAAGUUCCUUUUUUGGUGAAACUCCUGUUUUUGAUAGCUCUGAAGGCUCCAGAUUCUAUGAAUCACCUCCCAGCGAAGAAUCCUAUGCCUAUGAAACAUAUAAAGAUUCUGAACUGUGA